AUGGAUACAGCGAAGGUGAGCUCGCUGCUCGACGACUUCUUAGAAAGCUCUCCCGGGAGCGAUCAACGGAUUCGCGAAUUCUUUGUUCGAACCGCGGAAACUGCUUUGGUCAUCAAAAAUCAAAACACUGCGUUGGUCAGCUUGGACGAGUGCGUUCCUGACUCGCCACAAUCAUGCCAGAAUCAUGAAAAUAGCCGAGACUUCUACGCCAGAUUCAUGAAAGAAGAGCGUCAAAAGUACAUGAAACUACUCAAAGAACACCGGAACGAAAUGUUCUGCGACGAUUACUAUCUAAAUUCGAACACAUCCCAGCAAAUAAUAGACCAAGACGGUAUCUUCGAUAAGAAAAGCCCUUGGGGAAGACUUUGCAUUCUCGACUACCAAGCACAGAUUCUCAAGACUAUUCACGAGAAUCGAAUCGUCAUUAUCAAAGGUUUCACUGGCUGUGGCAAAUCGACUCAAAUUCCGCAGUACCUGGCGAUGGACUGUCAGAAGCAAGGUCAGCCGUACAGCAUAAUCGUCACCCAGCCGCGAAGAGUGGCCGCCAAGAUGUUGGCCACUCGAGUUGCCGCAGAACUUGACUGUCCACUCGGCAGUUUGGUCGGCUACCAAAUUGGUCUUGACCAGGCAAAAAGCAACCAAAAGACAAGAAUCCUCUACGUGACCACUGGAGUCCUCCUGCAGAGACUAAUCAUGUCAUCUGGCCUGAAACAAGUCACGCACAUCAUUCUCGAUGAAGUUCACGAGCGUUCGGCAGACAUGGACAUGCUAUUUCUGGCACUGAAGAGGAAGAUUUUUGCAUGUGACCUAAACGUGAAGAUCAUUCUCAUGUCAGCCACCUGCAAUGUUGACCUCUUCCAGGAGUACUUCACUCUGCCCAAGUACAUCUCCGACACCACCUGUAUUGACUGCAGUCCUGCUGUUUUGGAGAUUCGAGACUCUUCUAUAGGCAGUACCAUUAAGCGGUUCAAGCAGGAGAUCUUCUAUCUUGACGACAUUGUCGGCAAAAUUGAAGAUUUGCAGAGUACUUUGAAGUACAUCGAAAACAGCAACAGAUAUUAUUCUUACAAGGAAUUUUUGCGGCAAAGUAGCACUCAGAUGAUCUUCAAUAAGAACUACCCAACAGUGCACCAGGCUCUUCACGACGCAGUACUGGCCAUCCUCUUUCAUCAAAUCGAAGCUCACCAAUUGGAUAACCAAAAUCGCGGAACAGUGCUCAUCUUCCUGCCCGGCUUGGCAGAGAUUCUCGAUUUGAUGAAGGUGCUGAGCGACUCGCCCCUUUCGGAGCGCUUCAAGUGGCAGUUCUCCAUCCUCCACUCGACGGUGUCACUGCAGGAGCAGACGGACGUGCUCAGGGUGGUCGCCAGUGGCUGGCGGCACAUUAUCCUCGCAACGAACAUCGCCGAGUCGUCGCUGACGGUGCCCAACAUCGAGUUCGUGAUUGACUUUUGCCUGUGCAAGGUGCUGAUGGCCAGUCGGCAGGGCUACAGCAUGACUUACCUCUCACUGCAGUGGAGCUCGCAGUCCUCCUCUGACCAGCGCGCCGGCCGCACCGGUCGCACCAACCACGGCCAGGUCUUUCGCCUCAUUCCGCGCCGCUUCUACAAGACACUGGAGCAGUUUGAUGUGCCCGAGUUUGAGCGGACGCCGCUGGAGAACUACGUCCUGAAGGCGAAGCUGAUCGACGACAGUCUGCCGCCGAAGAAGGUGCUCGCCUAUGCGCUCAGUCCGCCCGCCCUGGAGGACAUCGAGUCGUCGCUGCUGGCCCUGAAGCGCACUAAUGCUCUCACGGUGACCACCACCACCGCCUGCUGUCGCACUCCCUCGCAGGAGUUGAUGGCGCUGGUCAGCUCCGAAGAGGAAAGUGAGAGUGGCUACGAGAGCGCCGAAGGGAGAGACGAGACCACCACGGAGGUGUACCAGCGAGACGACGGCAACCUCACCGCGCUGGGCUACAUCAUGGCAAUGCUGCCCAUGGAUCUCAAGCUGAGCAAGCUGGUUGCCCUGGGCGUCGUCUUUGACUGCACCUACGAGGCGGUAAUCAUCGCCGCCGCCCACUGCACCUCGGGUUUUUUCGUGCAGAACGCCUUCAACCCGCUGCGCAGCUACAAGUCGCACCUCGAGUGGGCGGGCCGGUCCUUCUCCGACUCGCUGGCCUAUCUCAGGGCGUACCGCGCGUACAAGGCAAUGAAGAACACCUUCCAGGGCGUCAUGUUCCUCUCGAAGAUUUGGUGCCAGAGCCGGAACAUCGACUACCUGCGACUGCUGGAGAUGGAGACGCUCGUCAGCGAGGUGAUCAACCGCCUGGAGAUGAACCUGAAGGUGAACUGUGUCCGGCCGACCAACUACCCCCAGUCGGAGCAGGAUCUAAUCUUGAAGGUGAUCAUCGCCGGCGCCUUCUACCCGAACUACUUUCUACGUCACUACGCCGAUGCUGAUCUGCUCGAAAAGUACCAGUCGUCGAGUGUCGACUUCAAUGACACGGUCAUACUGAACGGAUUCACCAAUGACACCGCCAUCUCUUCGCUGUACGUGCCCUUGCUGCAUCAGCUUUUUCAGGGCUGCUCUCCGAACAUUGAGUACCGGGUGGACGGCAGUACGGUGUACAUGAAGAUGGACAUCCAGAGCCCGAGUACUGCGGGCAUCGAUCUUGACGGUUUCGAUAAUAAUAAUGGCGGUGAUCAUCACCCUCAACAGCUGCCAAAAACAACCUCAAGUACUACUGCUGUAGGCCAGUCUUCCGACUUAUUGUCAUCUUGCAGUGAAAGUAGCGUUCAUUCUUCAGUCUACCAUGCUUUGGCCGUCAAGAAGCUGAAGCCGCUCCAGAAGUUGAAUCGANUAUCUUGCAGUGAAAGUAGCGUUCAUUCUUCAGUCUACCAUGCUUUGGCCGUCAAGAAGCUGAAGCCGCUCCAGAAGUUAAAUCGAUUUCGCCCAGAAAUUGAGGACGAACAGAAUAGAGAUUUGUAG